ACCAGCAACAUCUGACACUGGCUACUGGACACCAGCAAUCCUGCUACAAAGUUCUCAGCGUUUAUUUCUUUUUUAGUUUGGGGCCACAAAACAAAAUCUAGGAUAUUAAAAUAGAGUCAGUGAGAUCAAUAUGAGAGUGGGAGAGGGAAGAAUGAAGUUGGGAAGAGUUUCCUUGCUCCUUUGCCUGCUCGCCUUACAGCAAUCUGUUUCAGUUCAAGCUGCACGUUCCACAGCUGCUGAACAGAAUCAGCCCAGAAUCCAGAAAUGGCAACGGAUUCGGAGGAAUCAGAAACAAGGCCACAAUGAGAUUCGGCACCUGAACCCAGAUGUGACGGAGUGGACCUCCUGGUUCAAUAUCGAUCACCCUGGUGGGAAUGGAGACUUUGAGCGGUUGGAAGCCAUCCGCUUCUAUUACCGGGAACGAGUGUGCGCUCGCCCACGGUCCAUCGAGGCCCGUACAACAGAAUGGGUGAAAGCAGAACAAACCGGGGAAGUUGUCCAUUACAGCCCUGACAAGGGCUUCUGGUGCAUCAACAAGGAGCAGCCAGAAGGCAGGAUUUGCUCCAAUUACCAUGUCCGAUUUCAAUGCCCUGUAGUUCAAGCCUAUUGGUCAAGCUGGUCAGCGUGGAGCUCAUGCUCAGUGACUGCAUGCGGUGAUACGGGAAUCCAAGUUCGCCAGCGCACCUGCACAAACAACAUGCGUUUCCGCUUCAUCAUGGCUCCAAAAUGCAAGGGAAAGGCCAUUGAGCGGCGAGACUGCAGCACUGAACCCUGCCAAGAGGCCCAUUGGACAGACUGGGGGCCGUGGACCGAGUGUUCUGUCUCGUGUGGAACAGGUCACAUCCUCCGCCGUCGAAGCUGUGUCCGAACCCCAAAAAGGAAGACCUGCAUUGGCCAGCCGAUUGAAGUCCAGAAGUGCAGCCGCACUCCUUGUGCAGUCUGUCAGCACGUGUGUGCAGUGGGACACGUCAAUGAAGAAUGUAAUGGCUGUGUCUGUGACCAACACCUUUUACUGGGCACAGUGCACUCAACAAAUGGAGUCCCCAUUAGCCGGAGUAGGAUAGCGAUGGAGGAUCAGCCACAUGUGACAGUCACGGUCAGUGAUGAAAGUGGCUCUUUCAAGAUCCCUGGCAUUUGUGCCGACAGUAAGACCCGUCUCCUGAUCGAAAGUGCAAGGUUUGCCCCGUCUGUGUUUCAAGCAGCUCAGAACGGCACAGAGUCAUCAGUGGUGAAGGCGGUUCUGGAGAGAGCUGAAAAGCCCUACAUUGUGAAACACCCUGAGACAAAAGUACGAUUUGAAGGUCAGCGAGUGUCCUUUUGCUGCAAGGCCACUGGAUCUCCACCUCCACUUCAAUAUUUGUGGUACCAUAAUGGAACACUGCUGGACACAAAAAAUGAAGAAACUUUAUUGUUGAAGGAGUUGAAGAACUGGCAGGGAGGGGAAUACCAGUGCAAAGUUUCCAAUGGCAUCAGCUCCAUCAAAUCAGUUCCAGCAACUCUCUCAGUUACAGCCAAAGGGCGACGAAAUUGCAAGUCAGAGCCACUGCAGCAUUUCAUCAAACUGCCAGAGAACUGUUUCCAGAAAGCAACCAAAUCCUUUCACUACAAUGUCGGGAAGUGUCCCAACACUCGGUGUGCUGGCAACCUGAACUUCGACCUGCGUUGCAAGGACAGCACGAGGUACUGCUGUGGAGUGAAGCGUAUGAAGGACGUGGAGAUUGCGUGUCAGGGAUACACCCUUCCCAUCAAGGUAGUAGCAAGCUGCAGCUGCAAGAAGUGCCUGGAGCCCAAGGUAUUGAUCAGAGGGAGGGCAGUGGCAGCAGAUAAUGGCGAGCCACUGCGAUUUGGACACAUCUUUGUGGGUAAUGAGAAAGUUGGCCUGACAGGCUACAAGGGGACCUUCACUAUACAGGUCCCUCAGGAAACAGAAAGGCUUGUUGUCCAGUUUAUCGACAAGUCAAACAAAUUUGUCGACACUGUUAAAGUCUUUCCCUUUGACCGGAAGAGCGGGGAUGUGUAUUUUGAGGUUAAGUUAUUGAGGAAAUCCAAGCCAAUUGAGAUUGACUCCACCAAAGGUGUCUCCAUUCCGUUGGGAGAAAUGGAAGGUGAAGACACAAUUGGAAAGCUAGAAAUUGCACCCAAUUCUUUCCACCGAAGCAACGGGGAAAGUUACAGAGGGAAGGUCAAGGCCAGUGUGACCUUUCUGGACCCAAGGAACAUCACUCUCGCCAUGACUGCAUCAAGUGACCUGAACUUUAUCAAUGAAGAGGGAGACAUUCUACCUCUGAGGACCUACGGCAUGUUCUCGGCUGAUUUCCGGGAGGAGUUAUCGAACGAGGUCAUCGAAGCGUCCAAUGUUAAGGUCUACCUCGACACUGCCAGCAUUAAGAUGCCGGAGCAUGUGAAGAAGAUGAAGCUGUGGUCCUUGAACCCAGACACCGGGUUCUGGGAGGAAGAGAGUCUCUUCCAUAUUGAGAAGAAAAAGCGCAACAAACGCGAGGAGAGGACAUUCCUUAUCGGUAACAUGGAGAUCCGGGAGCGCCGUCUUUUCAAUCUGGAUGUCCCGGAAGGUAGGCGCUGCUAUGUGAAAGUCAGGGCCUACAUGAGUGAGAAGUUCUUGCCCAGUGAGCAGCUAGAGGGAGUGGUGGUAACUCUGAUCAACCUGGAACCUUUGCCAGGGUACACAGCCAAUCCACGAGCAUGGGGCCGAUUUGACAGUGUCAUAACCGGGCCUAAUGGAGCCUGCCUGCCUGCUUUCUGUGAUGCAGUCAGGCCAGAUGCUUACACAGCCUACGUUACAGCCACCUUGGGUGCAGAGGAGCUAGAGGCCGCUGCCUCGAGCCCAAAAAUGAACCCCAACAUCAUCGGAGUGUCUCAGCCCUUCCUGGGGAAGCUGGACUACAGAAGGUCGGACCAUGAGGAUGAGCAACUGAAGAAAACUGCUUUCAAAAUUAAUCUUGCAAAGCCCAAUGCAAACAACAUCGAUGAGACCAAUGGGCCAAUAUAUGCCUACCAAGAUGUAAAAGAGUGUGAAGAAGCCCCAGUCUCAGCCAAUCAUUUCAGGUUCUACAAAGUGGAGAAGGACAAAUAUGAGUACAAUGUGGUUCCUUUCGAGGAGAAUGACUUGACCAGUUGGACGGGGAACUAUCUCUCCUGGUGGCCCAAUCCUCAGGAGUUCAGGGCUUGCUACAUCAAAGUCAAAGUCAACGGGCCGCUGGAGGUCAUGGUGAGGUCGCGCAACGCUGGGGGCACUCACCCAGAAACAGUGGGUCAGCUGUACGGUAUCCGGGAUGCCCGUAGUGUCCGAGAUAUGAGCAAUCACAAUGUUUCGGCUGCAUGCCUCGAGUUCAAAUGCGGGGGCAUGCUGUUUGACCAAAGCUCGGUUGACCGCACUCUGGUGACUGUGAUCCCCCAGGGCAGCUGCCGGCGAACUGGGAUCAACAACCUGUUGCAAGAGUACCUGCGCCGACACCCCCCCUUGGCCAUCAACAAUGAGACAUCGGCUUUCAGCAUGCUGGCCCCCGUGGAUCCACUGGGCCACAACUACGGAAUCUAUACGGUCACUGAUCAGAACCCCAGGCUGGCCAAGGAGAUUGCCAUCGGCCGCUGCUUUGACGGUACCUCGGACGGCUUCUCCCGAGAAAUGAAGGUCGAUGUGGGAAACGCAGUGACCUUCAGCUGUCAGGAGAAGCUGGUGACUCACCAGAGUCUCUUCCAGCGGCUGCAGAGCUCUCCGGUUGAGACCCUGACGGAGAUUGGGGCAGAGAUGAGGAGACAGGCACUAGUACGACCUGCUCAAUCCCGGAUUGUAGCCUACCCCUCAGGUCAAAGGAGUCGCAGGGCCCGGGCUCCCAGUCAGAACAUAAGGAGGAGUGAAUUCCCCAGACAGUAGAUUGGAAUGGACUCUUCCUGAUCCUGAAGUGAGAGUUAUAUUAUAAAAUCUGUACAUAGUGAACUCAACAUUAAUAUUCUUGUUAACUAAGGGCCAAUUUUUGGUCAACAAGUGACGAAUUCUUUAGCACCAAAUAUAAUCCUUCAAGUCCAUGCUCAGCUAUGUAUAAUGCACAUUCUGCUUGGGGCACUUUAAUGUACUGGACUUUCACCUCUGGGAUUCGGAACAGAAUUCACACCAAACUGAUGGGAUGGAGGUUCCUACUCCUUGUUGCAUACAGAUCAACCCAGGAAGGUGGUGCACAGGAGGCAGUCCCUGGCAGAGUUGGGCUUGGAAUGUCAAAUUUUCCAUGAUUUGGCCUAUGCUGACACUGUCUGUCAGAGUUCCAUAAGAUAUUGGGUGGGGGCAUAGGUCUGCUGAUGCUAUUGGUCACGAUGUGUUUGUUUGUACAGACUGGUCAUUGCAGGGUUCUGAUGACCAUGCUCUUCAAAGCCACCAAUCAUCCAACAUUGGAUUCUCUUGUUGUGGAAGUUCAACUGAAACAAGUCUUUGGUUGUGCUCCUGAGAUGCUGCUGGGCCUGCUGUGUUCAUCCAGCCUCACAUUUCAUUGUCUUGGAUUCUCCAGCAUCUGCAGUUCCCAUUAUCACUUUGGUGUUGUCUCGCCACUUUGUUCAUGGUCGACCUCUUGCUCUUCAUCUGUUCAUCCUUCCUGUGUUAAUAACCUGCCUGCACAGAGAACGUGACUAAAGAACUCCAUUUGUCUUCCUUUGAUAAAAUAUGAGUUCCCUUAUAUUUCUGGCCUCAUUCAGUAAUUCUUUGUUUGCUCUUUUCUCCUUCUCCAUCCCCUUAGGAACUGCCUUUAGCAAUUCUGAAGUUGUUUUCUUUCUCUGUCCCAUAGCUCCAAGAUUGACACUCAGAACCCAUUUCAGACCAGACACAGAUUCUCCUCUCAAGACUCAAGCUAGUAGUCCUUAGAAUGUUGUUCAGUUCUAUAAAAACACUUUUUUUUGGCUUGGCCAACCCUUUUUGUUUUGGAUUUCAGAAUGACUUUUGACAUUGAAUGUUCCUGUACUUUAUAUAGUUGCAUUGUGUCGGAAUUGGCUUCCAUUUACUUUGAUGUUAUGAAAGUGAUAAAAACCAGGAAAUUCCAGUCUGCAGUGUCACGCAAAAUGGAAGCAGGUUGGAGAGAGCGCGGAGUGGUUUAGUAAAGGGUGGUCUGGUGUCGCAGUUAUUUUAUCAUACUAGUAAUUCAACCAGCAGGAGUGCAAAUCCCUAUGACGGAAAUUUGAGAUCUUGAAUUCAGUUUUACUUUUUUAAAUGUAGAAAGAUCACAAGCUAUGAAAAUGUUUUAAAAACUCAGAUGGAUUCCCUUUGUCUUUAAAGAAUAUGGCAACCAUCUUUAACUACUGAGGGUUCACGUGACUCCAGUCUCACAACAACAAGCCAGUGGAUGGGGGUGAGGAAGAGGAGAGAAACAAACAAUUUUGGACACAUGAAGCAGCCUUUCUGUAUUUUACAAGAUGCAGUUUGUAAAACUGCAGGGUGUUCUGUUUAGGAAAUAAUCCAAUUUAGUUUAACACCUUUUUAUGGGAGCAGGGAGAUUGGUAUAAAAUAGAAAUAUGUACAUGACAUCUCCUUUCUGUUGUAAAUGCCUACUUUCUGCCCAGAAAGUUGAUUACACAUUAAGUGUAAUCACACACUUAACAACAGGAUAGUAACACGAGUGAAACUCAGUCUGUUAAUCGGGCUACCAGAGGAUGUUUCUUAAUGUGGGACAAUCUGGAAUGUGAGGUUGGAAACUCACUGAUGGAGAUUAAUCACUAAUUAAUCAAUAACUCUGCUCUCAUUGUAUUGCAUGCUAAUCAGGAUGACAGAGGAUGCAUCAGAUAGAGUUUCCCCUUUUAUUGCCAAGCAAUUUCUUUGUUCCAGUCCAGCUUCUACCAGUGAAAUUCCAGAAUUCAAAAGAUAGUAUCAGUGAAGUGGCCAUGAAGCUGUUAGAUUGCUUAGAAAGCCUCUUGUUCAACAAUCUCUCUUUUAGGGAAUGAAACAUGGCAUCUAUUGCUGUCUGGCUUCUAGUGCUACACUAACUUGGUUUACUCUCAACUGCUUUCGGAAGUAGCUAGAUUUGUAUGAAAUCACAACUACAACUUGCAUUUCUACAGCACCUUUAACUUAGUUAAAGAGUUCUGCUUCAACCACCAUACCGGACAGCAAAUUCCAGACACCCACCAUUCUCCUCGAUAAAGAGUUUUCCCUCCUGUCCUCUCUGAUCCUAAUGCUUGAGGCCCAGGGUGGAUCAGAUCUCAUUGAAUGAUGGGGCAGGUUUGAGGGGCUGAAUGUCCACUCCUGUUCCUAUAUUAAUGUUCUAAAUAUGUGCUCCCUGGUAUUCGACCUCUCCCCAAACCCCCUCAUUAUUGUUACACCUCAAUUAACACCACCCUCAAACUCCUCUGGCUUUAUCCAAUGUUUCCUCAACGCUGCAGGUUCUAACACUCUCUCUCACUGGAAUAACUCCACGGAGACCGGUAUCCCAGCAACAAGUCAUCUUUUACUUACGCACAGAGAGUCCCUGACAUUGAUCCAGCUCCCUCAGAGCCAGCUCUCAGAGUGAACAGAACCUCUGACACCUGUUCUUAUUUUUACUUAAGCUAUUCAGAGAUGUUAUUACACAUCACUGGAACAGGUGGGCCUCAAACCCAAGUCUCUUGAUCCAAGGUUACUGACACCACCACUGUGCCACAAGUGGGCUCCGACACUCCUUAUCUGUCAGCCAGGGCUCUCUGAUUGGACCAGAGUAACAGCCCUGAUCAGGGACCUCAUCCUAUGAGGUCCACCUGGCUGACCUUGUUACAGUCACUACAGACACCAUUCUUGUCAAUAUCCUCUGGUCUUUCUCUACAGCAAUUGUAUUUUUCCUAUUAUGUGAUGACCAGAACCAUGCACAAAAACCCAGCUAUGGCCCACCCAAUGUCUUAUGUAGUUCUAGCACUACAUCCCCGAUACUCAAUAUUUUACUCAGUGAAGGUAAACAUCCCAUACGCCUUCUUUACUGCCUUCAGGGACCUGUGAACAUACACUCCAAGAUCUCUCAUUUGUUUGAUCCUUGUCAAUCUCUCCUGUUUAUGUAUUCCUUUACUUUGUUUGGCCUCUCCAAGUGCUUAACCUUGCACUUCUGAUUGAAUUCCAUUUGCUGCUUUUCUUCCCACUCAAUCAAACCAUUGACAGCCAUCACUAUCAACUACUGGGCCAAGUCUUAUAUCAUCUUUUCAGUCUUUUCCCCUUGGUUUUCCCAAGUAAAUAUGAAUGAAAAAAAAAACACACUGCCUCGUAAGCUACGCUACAACCAAAUAACUGCAGCAUGUUGGGCCAACAACAUUGGAAGAUCUUAGAAAAGGAAGUUAAUGUUUUAUUCCAGGAUUGUCACUGCUGCCAAGAAACAACUGAAAUAUAACCUCUGAGGCUUAAGUUACUAAUAACUGAAAUUUUAACAUGGCUUUUGUUUCAUUUUCUCAAGGGGUUCUACAACGGAGGUUACGAUGUUCUUACUGAAUUUAGAAUUUUUCAUAUUACAAAACUCACUUCACUCGCUGCAAAGCACUUUAGGACCUUAAAGAAAUUAUGCUUUUUUUUCCCCUCCUUUUAUAGAGUCAUAGACUUACACAACAUGGAAACAGACCCUUGGUCCAACUCGCCCAUGCCGACCAGAUAUUCUAAAUAAAUCUAGUCCCGUUUGCCAUCAUUUGACCCAUAUCCCUCUAAACCCUUCCUAGUCAUUUAGCCAUCCAGAUGCCUUUUAAAUGUUGUAAUUCAAUCAAGUCUUUAACUGGAUCCAGCUAUUUUAAUCGCCUUACUCCCAUUUUUGAACCAUUUUUCUGCUUCAAGCCCUCUGGAUCAUUCUCUUAUUUAGCCCCUUCCUCAGUAACUAUAUCACUCCCACUCGAGUCACAAAGUUAUGAGUUCAAGCUCUACUCCACAGCCUUGAACACAUAAUCCAGACAGAGACACCACUGCAGUAAGAAGAAUGGUCAGAGGUGCCAUCAAUCAAAGGAGAUGUUCAUCUGAAGUCUGUCAUUUCUCUGUUGCAGCCAUUAAAAUACAUCCCCUGGUAUUGGUCAAAAACGACUAGGGGAGUUCCGCUGGCUAAUAUUUAUCCCUCAACCAACACCUAAAACAUAUUAUCUGAGUAUUAGUGAAUUGUUGCUUGUGGAACUUCUUGUGUGCUACAAUAGUAACAACGCUGCAGCAAUGGUAUUCCAUUGGUUUUAGAACAGUGUGAGCUUGUGAAAUGUGCUGUAUGAGUUUUAAUGACUGUUCCAACAACAUGAAAGGUAGAAUCAGGUGAUUAAUGUCUCAUUGUAAUUAGGUCAGCAUUUGUUCUGGUGCGUAUUAUUCUGAAGUGGAAAUUUUUUCACUUCUUCACUUUACUCCAGCAUUUAUCACGCAGAUGUUUACUCAUCCUCAACUCGAACAAAUUGUGUGAGAGCAUAAUCAAGAGGCUAUCAAUACAAAUAUAGUCACUAAGGAAUUCAAUAGGAAACUUGGAAAAAAAAUCUCUUUACACAACCAGUCUUAAUUAUAUGGAAGGCCUUACCCCAGGAGAGUAGUUGAAGAGAAUUGGAGUAUAAGAGUCGGGAAAUCUUACUGUAACUGUACAUCGUGCUGGUGAGACCACGUCUGCAGUACUGUGAGCAGAUCUGGUUCCCUUAUUUAAGAAGAGAUAUCAUUUCAUUGGAAGCAGUUCAGAGAAGGUUGGAUAAGAUGAUCCCUGGUAUGGAGGGAUUCUCUUAUGAGCAAAGGCUAAAAAGGUUCGAACUCCACCCACUGGACUUUAGAAGAUUGAGAGGUGAUCAUAUAGUAUUCAUCUGGCAUUCUUAAAGGACUUGACAGGGUAAAUGCUGAGAGGAUGUUUCCCCUCAUGGGAGAGUUUAGGACCAGAGUCCAUAGUUUCAGAAUAAAGGGCACCAAUUUAAGGCUGAGAUAGAUAGAUUCUUGAUCAGUCCAGGAGUCAAGGGUUACGGGGAAAGUGCAGAAAAGUGGGUGUGGAAAAUUUUGGAUCAGUCACAAUGCUGUUGAAUGGUGCAGCGGGCUCGAGGGGCCUGCUGUUUCUUAUGGUCUAAAAUAUUACAGAUAGUUUUCAGAGAAGCUUGGCAAACAUAUGAAAGUGAAGGGAAUAGAGAAUUAAGAUUUGGAAAAGAUGAUGAAAGAUGGCAGAAGGCUUGAGUACAAAUUAAGCACCUGCAUGGACUGUUUCUGGGCUGUAUAUCCUGUGUAGUCCAAUGACAGUUGAGGGCUUAAAUAUAUAUUUCAAUAUCUUUCAAAAGUAUUAACAUAAUAAACCAAAAUCUAGCUUCCGCAUUGGUAAUACUUCCAAGAAUUUUAAGUGUUUCAGUAUCACAGUAGCUUUAAUAAAAUAUUGCCAAUAUCAAAUUUCACUGGAAGGUCUAAUCAUUCGUCUGUAGAUAUAAAGGCCAAUUUUAGAAUCAGGUUUGGAGCUUCACCCAGAACUUAUAAAGUUUUACAUCGGUGAGAAGCAAUUUUGGUUUGACACAUACUUUAGACAUACAGUAUGACUACACUAUCCAUGGCUUUUCUGGAUCCUACUGGCAAAAAGAUGAUGUUUCAAAAAAAAAACCUGCAUUUAGAUUGCAUCUUUAACACAGUAAAAUAUCCGAAGACACUUCUCAGAUUGUUGUCAAAGAAGUGAUACACGAGAAGAUAGGAUUUAACACCAGAAUCUUAAAGAAUCCACCGGGAUGAGAGGUAGGGAGGGAACUCCAGACUUUGGUACAAUCACCAAUGAUCAGGCAAAAAAUUGUCUGAGUUGUUCAAGAAUCGCUGAAUCAGAGGAAUGCAGAGAUUUCAGAAAGUUGCAGGGUAAUGGGAGAUUACAGAUCACUGAUCUGUUUGGAUUAUGUUCUACUAGGAUCUGGCAAGUUGUUACCAUCAGAAUUCUGAUCCAUGUCCCAGAGAUGAAGGAAUAGUACAGUGCCAGAACAAAAAAAUACAAACACAAUCUGUUGCAGAAGAAAGGAAGAAAUUGUCCAGCUGGAAACACAGUUUAUUUCAUUUCUCUUGGCAGUCUCUGAGGUAAUCCUAAUAAGAUCAUCUCAUUCAACUGGAUUUGAAAUUUAAACCAGCAUUUCAUUACUUGUAAAUUAUUGGUAAUUUAUUUACUGCAUGUUUAUGUUCUUUAGCUAUUUGUUUAGCUUUUUUCGUCAUUUUUAUAAAAAUGUACUGUACGGUGUAUUAUCAUGUACCAGUAAGUAAUACCAUUGUCCUGUCUUUGCUCCUGUAAAGAAGAAUUUACAAUUCCGCUCUAAACCUUCACCUGCAUUCUGUACAGAGACACACACACAACUAUCCACAUGUGUUAUACCUAUUGGCAUUUGCACAUUCAUGCUAAUCAAGGUACUAUGGUGUUUCCAGUAGGUUUACUCAGACAAAAGGAGCUAAAAUCUGCUCAGCUUUGGAGAACACUAGAUCCUUCCCAUUUCUUAUAACUCAAGCAGGGGGUGAGGCAUGUAUGGAAUGAGCUAUCACAUUUAAAAGGCAUUUGGACGCGUAUAGGAAUAAGAAGGGAUAUGGGCCAAAUGCUGGCAAAUGGAACUUGGUCAGAAUGGGAUUUCUGGUUGGUGCAGAUGAAUUUGACCAAAGUGUCCUUUGGGCAUGCUAUAUGAUUCUAUGAUUACCUCCGGCAGACAGUAUACAAGGAACACUGGUUAGCACUCGUUGGGAACUAAAUUUGAGGGGCCCAUAUCUACCAAGUGUGAGUUGAAGCAGAUCAUACAUUAUCACAGUAAAUGGUCCAUGGCCCAUUAUCUGCUCCUUAUCCUAUUUCGAUCAUUCUUCCAACCACAAUGCGCUUUCCCUUACCAAUUUGUAUCAAAUAUGUCUAGAGUCUGAAACUGUUUGCAGUUUAGCAGCAUCUGAAGCCCAAGUCACCAGCUUCUUCCUUGCAGCCCUGCAAAGUUCUACUUUCCCAGCAAUAAUCCAGUUCCCUUUUGAAAAUUACAACUGAAUCUAUUUCCACCUUUCAGGUAACACAUUCCAGAUGACUGUGUAAAAUCUUUUCUACCUUCCCUCUCACUCUUUUGCCAAUUACCUUAAAGCUUUGCCCUGUUUACUGAUCCUGCCAUGGAAAAGAUUUCUACUUACUUACUUCCUCAAAAUGCCUCAUUAUUUUGAUCAUCUCUAUUAAAUCUGUCCUGAACCUUCUCUGAUUAAAUCUAGUAACUGAAAUGUAUCAUUUCUGGUAUAUUUUGCUAAAUCUCCCAUGUCUCCUAUCUCUCCAAGAUUGUGAUUCGUUCCAUUUCGGAUUUCUCCCACAUUGUAUGGUAUUGUUUCCCUGGACCUGCAUUGUGUUCACUUGUGACUUACUCUGUUUCCUGAAGCACCUGUCAUCAUUGUAUUGUUAUAUACAGCCAGUUGCUCAAUCUCAUGUUAUUUACUGAACCAUGGUAACUUUGAAAAACUUUAAAUAAACAGAUGAGGGAAACGCCAUGCGGUGUCAACACUAUGUCUGGCAUGGAUCCUUCAGUGACUGAGGGAGAGUGUGACAGAAGACACGAGGUUGUAUCUCAUUCCUCAUUUGUGUUCUAUUCGUUCAGAGCAAUACUCAGAACACUCCCAACCACAGACUGCACUCUGAGAUUGAACAUUAUACAUGCAAGUUCCACAUUGGAAGCGGUAAAACAAUAGGAAACUACACAGUAAUCCAGUUAUUUCCACUCCCUGAUCUUACCCCAUAUCUAAAAAAUUAAGUAUUUCGAGUAUUUAUAAAAUACCUUUUGGACGACUACAAUUGGAUCUGUGUCUAUCAGCCUACCAGAACAUUCUAAAACCUAACCACUUGGAAAAGAUGUGCACUGAUGCCAUUUCUAGAUCUUUCGUCAAUCAGUUUAAUUUGGAGGUAGUGCCUUUUAGUUGACAUAUCAAAUUCAGGUCCUCUUGGCUAAAGGAUCCCAACACAAAACACUGAAGAAAUGCAGGGAAGGAUUAUGUUUAUCCCUUAACCAACACACAACAGAUCAUCUGGUCAUUGUAACCUUAUUUAUCUUAGCCUGAUCAGGAAGCACUACUUAGAAAUAGGAACCAGAGUAGGCCAUUCAGCCCACCCCCAGCUGCUAUGCCAUUCAACAAGAUCAUGGCUGAUAUGAUAAGCUUUACAUACUUCACACAACAGACAGUGGAAAUCCAGAACUUUCUGUUCAAAAUAAUAACUGAAUGUCAAUUGAAAACCUCAAAAACUGACAACUGUUCCAGAGUUCAGAGAUAAUGCGAACUGCAGAUGCUGGAGAAUCCGAGAUAAAGUUUGGAGCUGGACCCGAGACCCUUGGGUCUAGGCCCGAAAUGUCAGCUUUUGUGCUCCUAAGAUGCUGCUUGGCCUGCUGGGUUCAUCCAGCCCCACACUGUCAUAAUUGUUCCAGAGUUUGCAGGCUAAAUCUGAAAACUUCCUGAUGUAGGCAGGUUCAAGUGGAUGAUUAUCCUGGAUGAUGAGGGAGUGAAUUAUUAAAGGAAUGUGGUUAUAAUAACAAAAUAAAAAUUAAGGUCAGAGAGUCCAAACUUUUUAACUUAAUGUCCUCAAAACUGCAUUUCACAGUAGCUUGGGUCCGCAUGCAAUGCUUCAAUCGGUCUCCCUCAUUACAUUUUCCAUGUACUAUUGAAAACUCUCAGAAUCUCACAACACAAGAGUCGGUCAUUCAGUUCAACAUACUUUUGUUGAGUUUUUGAUUUUUCCCAAUUAGUCCUACACUGCUGCUUUUCCCCAUGAUCCAGCAAUUCUCUCUCCUUCAGGUAUUUAUUCAAUUCCAUUUUGAAAAUUACCACUGAAUUAGCCUCUAUCAUUCAUUCAGGCAACAAAUUCCAGACCACAAGAACUCAUUGUGUAAAACUAUUUAUUUGCUUCUAGCACUUCUGUCAAUUACCAAAUCAUGGAAUUUAACAAUAAAAGCCACUGGAUCUUCCAAAUAAGGACUUGCGCAAUUUACAUUCUCAUCUACCCUUCGUUCCCUCACCAUUUCUUAUAGCAACAUUGGGAUAGAAGGGGACAAUCAGACUGGGUCCUAGGUUAUAAAGGGGAAUAGUGAGAUGUUUCCACUUGUGAAGUUCGAUCAGGGUCACUUACUUAAUCUUUUUUAUAUUUAUUUAUUUGUGGGAUGUGGGUAUUGCUGGUCGGCCAGCAUUUAUUGCCUGUCCCUAUUUGUCCUGGAAAAGGUGGUAGUGAGCUAUCUUCUUGAACUGCUGCAUUCCACCUGCUGUGGGUUGACCCACAAUGCUGUUAGGGAAGGAAUUCUAGGAUUUUGACCCAGUGAUAGUGAAGGAACUGCGAUAUAUUUCCAAGUCAGGAUGGUAAGUGACUUGCAGGGCAACUUGAAGGUGUAUUUGCUGCCCUUGUCCUUCUAGAUGAAAGUGGUCGUGGGCUUGGAAGGAGCUGUCUGAGGAUCUUUGGUGAAUUUC